AUGAGUGUGGCGGGUGCGACGAGGACAGCGCUGUCGCGGCGACGAUCUUGUGCGGUUGGAGUCGUUGGGUGUGGCGCGGCAUCUGGGGAGUGGUUUGUACCUGCGAAGUAUCUCACCAGGCGCAACGCUAUCUCGCGGCCGCUUGGCGUGCCCAACACUUUGGCUCAGACAGACUACUGCAUCCAUGCAAAUGCAAAUGCUGGGCCUGCCUAUCCGACACACCAGCAGCACGCGCUGAGGACGCUGAGGCACGCUGAGAGCGACGCUGAGCAAGAGAGCGUGGUGAGCCUGCAGCAAGGCCAUCCGUCCUUCGUUUCGACCGCCCGCCCCUCAUCAAUCGUCUGCCCUCUCCCUCCCAACUCCGCCGCCCUCCUCACCGUGCUGGGGGCUCGAGUCCUUUGUCACCUGCCUGGGAUUGUUGUCGUGGUGUGCUGUUGGACGGGAGGGUCGGGAUUAUUCUCAACACGCUCGCACGCACACAGAUCGCCGCCACCCCACCGCAGGAGCUGCCGGGCACAGGUUGAGAAAUACUGCACUGCACUACUACUACCUGGCAAGCGCCGCUCACUGCGCCUGGCCUUGGUCGCUUCACCUACAUCCUGCUUUCCACAGCAGUCGACGUCGCCGACGACGAACAAGAAGUGUGCGUCUGGUCUGCUCGCUGUCAGGCCACUCUGCACCUUCUGCAUCAUCCUCCUCCUCUUCGCUUCCGCCGCCGCCGCCGCCCGCCGUUGUUGUUGCGUCGUUGCGGCUUUGACUAGCUGCACGCACCUGUCGACGGCCCCGUCCAAAACUUACUUACCUAUUCACGCCGCUUGUUGUUGUUGUCGAAUUCUUGGACCGCCGCCAGCAGCGUCACAAUCGCACUGUGCACGCUGUUUGUCGUAUCCUUCUGUGAGUCAAUCCCCCCAUAUCACACCACCGCUGCCUGCCGCAUUCCGCCGCCAUCGCCCAUCGCGGCAUUGA